AUGAGGCCUGAUGUGUUCAAGACCCUUCUGCACUAUAUGUACACGGACACCCUGCCGGCCACGGAGGGAGAAGCCGGUGAUGACGAGGAGGCGAGGAGCCAGAUGACGUGCCACCUGCUCGUCGCUGCGGACCGGUACGGCUUGGAGGGGCAAAAGCUCCUGUGCGAGGGGGAGCUCGCCAAGACCCUCGGCGAGGGUAACGUGGCAGAGAUGCUGGCCUUCGCGGAUGAUCAGUACUGCAGCACGCUUAAGGACGCCUCCUUCGGGUUCAUGGUGGCCUCGCCGGAGAGGAUGGAGAGGGUGGUGGCGAGCUACGGAUACCAGCAACUCCGCUUGAGACACCCCCUGAUUUUGGUAGAUGUGCUCGAGAAGUCGCUCAUGUUUCGCAAAGCGUAG